AGCUAAUAAAUAAUACCAAGAUGAGGCGACGGAAAAAAGAACAUAAGGUGCGGGUGCGAUUCAACGUCAACUCUUUGGCGAGAAUGAACAAAGGUUCAAGAGAGGAGCUGCUGGGCAGCUCGCAGGAGGCGCUGCGGAACAGCCAGCAUGACCUGCGGCAUGUUCUGGAGCGACCUCUCACUAGGGAGGAAAAGACGUAUUUACUUCACGCCGACCGAGGAGACUAUGCCACCGUUAAGAAAAUUAUCGACCAGUACACCGGCAGUCCAGAGGUGUUCGAUAUCAACUGCGUGGACCCUCUCAACCGGUCGGCGCUCAUCGCGGCCAUCGAGAACGAAAACAUCGAGCUGAUAAAGCUGCUGCUGACAUCGGGGAUCAAAGUCAAGGACGCGCUUCUACAUGCUAUCAAAGAGGAGUACGUGGAAGCAGUUGAAAUGUUGCUGCAGUGGGAAGAGGAACACCACAUCCCCGGGGAACCUUACAGUUGGGAGUCCGUGGAGCCGUCAGCAGCCACCUUCACUCCAGACAUCACCCCCCUCAUCCUCGCAGCCCACCGGAACCACUACGAGAUCCUCAAGAUCCUCCUAGACCGAGGAGCCACGCUGCCCGUACCUCACGACGUCAAAUGCGGCUGCGACGAGUGCGUGAAAUCUUCCCAAGAGGAUUCCCUCAGGCACUCACAAGCCCGUAUCAAUGCGUACCGUGCCCUUACCUCUCCAUCCCUCAUAGCCUUAUCUUCAGCAGACCCGCUGUUGACUGCCUUCCAGCUUUCUUGGGAGCUGAACAGGCUUAGUAGAAUGGAAACGGAGUUUAGAGUUGAAUAUAAGGCUUUAAAACAGCAGUGCCAAGAGUUCGCCACCGCCCUCCUGGACCACACGAGAACGUCCAGCGAACUGGAGAUCAUGCUGAAUUACAACCCCUUAGACAUCGACUGCUGGGAGCCGGGGGAACGGCAGACGCUUGGCAGACUCAAGCUGGCCAUCCAAUACAAGCAGAAAAUGUUCGUCGCCCACCCAAAUGUCCAGCAGUUGCUUGGGGCGAUUUGGUACGAGGGCCUGCCAGGAUUCAAGCGGAAAAACAUCGUCGGCCAAGCUGUGCAGGUCGCGAAAUUAGGCGCCAUGUUUCCCAUAUAUUGCACAAUAUACAUGCUAGCGCCAAACUCGGAGUACGGACAAUUUAUGAAGAAACCUUUCGUUAAGUUCAUUUGCCACAGUUCCUCCUACAUGUUGUUUCUAAUGCUCCUAUCCCUCGCAUCGCAACGCGCCGAGUUCUUAGUCCUGGAGUGGUCUGGCAUCAGCUGGCUGCAAGAGCUGGUGGAAUACUGGAAGGAGCACGAGCGAGGGGCCCUGCCUGGCCUCAUCGAGUUCACAGUCAUCAUUUAUAUAGCUAGUUUAAUAUGGGCCGAAUUAAGAUCACUAUGGACUGGUGGCAUUAUGGAGUACAUCAGUGAUCUGUGGAACAUUGUCGACUUUAUCACUAACAUGUUCUAUAUCGCUUGGAUUAGCUUGCGGGUCUCCUCUUGGUAUAUCGUUCAGAGGGACUACAAAAACGGCCUGGACCCCUGGUACCCCCGCGAGCGCUGGGACUCCUUUGACCCCAUGCUGCUCUCCGAAGGCGCCUUCGCUGCCGGCAUGAUCUUCUCCUACCUCAAGCUGGUCCACAUCUUCUCCAUCAACCCUCAUCUUGGGCCGCUUCAAGUGUCACUGGGAAGAAUGAUCCUGGACAUCAUCAAGUUCUUCUUCGUUUAUAUGCUGGUGCUAUUUGCUUUUGGAUGUGGUCUGAACCAACUGAUGUGGUACUACGCCGAACUGGAGAAGAAUAAAUGCUACCACACCCCCAACGGCGUAGCGGACUUCGAUAACCAAGAACGGGCCUGCACCAUAUGGAGACGAUACGCUAAUCUUUUCGAAACCUCCCAGUCCCUCUUCUGGGCGUCCUUCGGCCUCGUGGACCUGACCACCUUCGAGCUGACCGGAAUCAAGAGCUUCACCCGCUUCUGGGCGCUGCUGACCUUCGGCUCGUACUCCGUGAUCAACAUCAUUGUGCUCCUGAACAUGCUCAUCGCCAUGAUGUCUAACUCUUAUCAGAUCAUCUCUGAACGAUCAGAUGUGGAAUGGAAAUUUGCACGCAGUAACCUCUGGAUGUCGUACUUCGAAGACGGCGAUACAGUCCCCCCUCCAUUUAACAUCAUUCCCACCCCCAAACACUUCUCUGGCUGGAUCAAAAACUGUUGUGAUAACAAAAACAUGGGGUCUAUUAUCAACAAAUCCCGCGAGAAAGCGCGCCAACAGCACGAAUCCGUCAUGCGCGUGCUCGUGCGGCGUUACGUCACGGCCGAGCAGCGUGCGCGUGACGAGACCGGCGUGACCGAGGAUGACGUCAUGGAGAUCCGACAGGACAUCUCCACGCUCCGCUACGAGCUGAUUGACAUCCUGCACAACAACGGCAUGAAGACUCCCAGGGUCACCAUGCAAGACGCCACCGUGGCCGGCAAGAAAGGAAAAGUCAUGGAGAGGCGAAUCCUCAAAGAUUUCCAAAUCGGUAUAGUGGAAGGCAUCAUCAAGGACGUGCUGUCAGCCAAGGACAGUAAACCUAAAGAUGUAUUCAGCCAAAUCGCUAAAGCCAUUGGAAGGAGAGGCAGCACUGACAGCAAGAAGCGCGACUGGAAUGCUCUAGUGCGCACCAACACGGGCAAGCGCGAUCCUAUCGGUACAACCGAAGAAGCCUUGACUCGUCGCACCCGCCAGUCGCUGCGCGCCCACAUCCUCGACAAUGUGCAGGGCAGGACCAUGGAUCCAGAGAAGCUGCUGGAAUUUAACCCCAAGCUGUCAGGCGUGACGCCGACAACGCGCUUGGCGUACGCCAAGUUCAUGAGGAACAAGAUCAAGGCCGACUUCACCGCUAGGAACGAAGGACGUGAGUCCGAGACAGACGACGGUUUGGUAGACGAGGUGUUCGAAUCACCGAAGAAAGAUCCGGUGCGGAGAAGCGCUCGAUCAUUCCGAAGCAGUCCGAUUCAAGAGAUGUCAGAUGACGAAGGAUUAAAAGACAACGAAAUUAAAGUAGCGGCUGACAUUGAGACCGAAACCAAAGAAUCGGAAGGCGGCUCUGAACAAACGAGACCUCUCAAAUCGUCCUCUCAAGAACCUUCAGAACCCUGUACUCCAGACUUCGAUCCUGUCAGCAACAAGCGACUGCCAUCGCCAGCGCAGCUCGACGCCAAGAAAGACUAUGUUAUCCAAAUAGAUGAACCUGAAUCCCCAUCUAAAAGCCUCUUCAUCACAAAAGAAGAGGAUAAGACUCUAGAGAAACCUAUCACGCCAACUCCGAGCGAGCGCUCACAAGAGCAAAUUCUAUCCCCUGCGACUCUCGAGAGUCAACAUCAAGAUGGAACUUCCAGGGUAACACCCACCCCUGAGCCACAAGUCAGCUCGGUCUCUGAGACAGCCAAGGAAAAAUCUAAGUCUUCCUUAACAAGCCCCCGAUCUUCCAGAGUCAGUCCAUCGCUAGCUCCGUCGCCGUCGCCUUCCAUGAUGAAAACUGACAAAGGAAAAUCUAAAAUCACGGGCAAAAUAGUGUCCGGUUGGCUUUAGUUCCUAAGUUAUUACUAGUGACGUAUUAGUGAGAAAUGCCUUAUUGACAUAGCAAUAAUUAGAUGUAAGCAUAGGAAAUAUAAUGUGUGUAAUUCACUCG